AUGCGUCUAUCAAGAACAGCAGGCCUCAUGGCCUUCUGCGCCUCGGCGCAAGCGUUCACCGACUCGUCACCUUUUGUGAUGCUGUCAACCGCCAACUUCGCGCAGUCGGACCGAGCCCAGCUCCAGACCGAAUCUCAAGUCGCCAAAUCCGUCCAGGAACUUCUCUCCUCGUGUCCCACGGACCGCUACCUCCUCGUCGCCCAGCCCAACGUCAACGCCGCAGACAUCCGUGGCCCGGACGGCGGCGACUGCAAGGUCCCGAACCUGUGCCGCGCGAUCUCUAGCAGCGACGUCCAAGGUGUCUACAGCGUCGCCGAGGUCGUUGGAGAGGUGUCUAUCGAUGUGUUGAACGACUACAUCAAGACUGCGUGCGCGGGCAAGACGGUCGAGAUCGGGCAGACCCGGCUAGCCCCCCUCGGACGGGACACCCGCGAGAGGGCCAGCACGCUCGCCGACAACGACUACGUCCUGGGCCGCAACCUUGAGAAGAUGCGUAGCGAGUCGGACUCGUACACCGUCAUCUAUCUUGCUAGCCCAUCCGAGCCUACCUACCAGGCCGAGUUCACUGGCGAGCCUCUGCACGCCGAGCUCAAGCGCCAUGACGCGAGCAUACUGCAUGCCAGGAAGGAUAAGAACGAGACCGAGUGGAACAAGCUUCCCCUCUUCGAGAAAUACGUCUUCUUCUCUCCAGGCAUCUUCCACGCCAUCGUUGCCUCCAUUAUCCUCUUCAGCAUCCUUGGUGUCGCCAUCAAGGCCCUCGCAAGCCUUGAGAUUCCCUAUGGGGCUUUCGAAAAGGAGAAUGGCCCCGCCGCUCAUAAGAAGGGCCAGUAG